AUGUCGAGCUGCAGUGAGCCAGGAGUGGACCAAGGCUUUGGCACAGAGGCGGCUGCCAGCUGUCAGACCCCCGCCAUCACCCCGUCCUCCACCGCCUCCUCCCCGGGCACGAUCCCCUGCGGAGGCCCGCGCCUGGUGCGUAUUGUCAAGUCAGACUCUGGGUACGGCUUCAAUGUCCGCGGACAGGUGAGCGAAGGCGGACAGCUCCGGAGCAUCAAUGGACAGCUUUACGCACCACUGCAGCAUGUCAGCGCGGUGCUGCCCGGGGGAGCUGCACACCGAGCCGGGGUGUCCAAGGGGGACAGGAUCUUGGAGGUAAAUGGGGUUAGUGUGGAGGGAGCGACGCAUAAGCAGGUGGUGGAGCUGAUUCGGGCCGGAGACCAAGUGCUGGUGCUGAGGGUGCUGUCGGUCCCCCCUCAAGAGGCGGACUGUCUGGACCCAGGGGAUGAAGGCUCCGCCCACUCCUGCUACGACUACUCUGACAAACAGGCCGUGCCCAUCUCUGUGCCCUGCUACAAGCACACAGAGCUCAACCAGGAGAAGUUUGUGGUUUAUAAUGUGUGUAUGGCAGGCAGACAGCUGUGCUCGAAGCGAUACAGAGAGUUUGUCAUUUUACACCAAAACCUGAAGAGAGAAUUUUCAAGCUUCACUUUUCCUAAACUUCCCGGGAAAUGGCCCUUUACUAUGUCCGAGCAGCAGCUGGACGCUCGCCGCAGAGGCCUAGAAGAAUACUUGGAAAAAGUGUGUUCCGUUCGAGCCAUUGGGGAAAGUGACAUCAUGCAGGAGUUUUUAUCAGAAUCAGAUGAGAACUCCAACGGCGUCUCCGAUGUGGAGCUGAGAAUAGCCAUGCCCGAUAAAAGCACGCUCACUGUCAGAGUGCGGAGGAACGCCACCACAGAUCAGGUGUACCAGGCUGUGGUGAAUAAACUUGGGAUGGAUAAUGUAAUGUCCAGUUAUUUUGCACUGUUUGAAGUCAUCAACCACAACUUUAUGCGCAAACUUGCCCCAAAUGAGUUUCCUCACAAACUGUACGUUCAGAACUACACGUCUGUCGUCCCGGGGACCUGCCUCACGCUGAGGAAGUGGCUUUUCACCACAGAAGAAGAAGUUUUGCUCAGCGAUAAUCAGCUGGCUUUGUCCUACUUCUACCACCAGGCCGUGGAGGACGUAACAAAGGGUUUUAUAAAAGCAGAGCAGAAGUUGUAUCAACUGCAGAAACUAGAAGAGCAGCAGAAGAUGUCUAUGUACUUGAAUUUCCUGAGGGACUGUGAAGGCUACAAUGAGAUUAUGUUUCCUCAUUGUCCGUGCGACUCGCGACGUAAAGGCCACGUCAUCACAGCCGUCAGCAUCCACCACUUUAAACUCCACGCAUGCACUGAAGAGGGCGCUCUCGAGAACCAGGUGAUUUCUUUUGAGUGGGGGGAGAUGCAGCGGUGGGACACGGACGAAGAGGGCAUGGCCUUCUGCUUCGAAUACGCUCGGGGAGAGAAGAAGCCUCGCUGGGUCAAAAUAUUCACUCCAUACUUCAACUACAUGCAAGAAUGCUUUGAGAGGAUCUUCUGUGAGUUAAAGUGGAGAAAAGAGGUGGAGGAGGACGCCGUAGACAAGGACAACAAGAACUACAGUAGAGACGGUAUGUGUGGAAAGAAUAUUUUCCAGCAGCUGAGACACAGAGGGGAAGGAGGAACGUGGACUUUACAGAGACACUGA